AUGGACGUAGAACAGAAAAUAAAAACACAGUGCCUGAGAGCUGACACUUUCUGGCAUGAAAAGGUGGUUUCAUUCCCUGAAAAGAAGAAGAGACUGCAAGGCUAUCCAUGUGGAGACUCUGCAAUGGGGAAUAGGCAGCUGCUGCAGCUGAUUCUGCUCCACACUGCCUGGAAAAUGGGGAGCUCCCAGCUCCAUUAUUCUGUGCCGGAGGAAUCCCAGCAUGGCACCUUUGUGGGCCGUGUCGCUCAGGACCUGGGGCUGGAGGUGGAGGAGCUGGUGCCUCGGAUGUUCCGGAUGGUGUCAAAAGGACGCAAAGACCACUUUGAGGUAAAUGUGCAGAAUGGGAUCUUGUUUGUCAAUUCCCGGAUAGACAGGGAGGAGCUGUGUGGCAAGAAUGCUGAGUGUGCCAUUCACCUGGAGAUGAUUGUGGACAAACCUCUGAGGGUCUUCCACGUGGAGGUAGAAAUCAGGGACAUAAAUGACAAUGCUCCAGUUUUCUCUGCAGGUGAGCAGGUUUUGAGCAUAGCUGAAAUUAUAACAGCCCCUGGCACCAGAUUCCCCUUAGAGGGAGCUUCUGAUGCAGAUAUCGGUAUGAAUGCUCUGCUCACUUACAAGCUCAGGCCCAGUGAAUAUUUUAGUGUAGAGCAGAGAUCAGAGGACCAGCACAACAAGCCCUUGGCCAUUGUUUUAAAGAAGCCUUUGGAUCGAGAAGAAAACCCUGUGCACCGGUUAUUACUCACAGCCACCGAUGGGGGCAAGCCUGAACUCACAGGCACAGUCCAGCUGGUGAUUCAUGUGCUGGAUAUAAAUGACAACCCUCCUGUGUUUAACCAGUCAGUUUACAAAGUGAAAUUAUGGGAAAAUGCAGCUAAUGGAACGUUAAUGUUGAAACUGAACGCGACAGAUUUAGAUGAAGGGGUUAAUAGUGAAAUAUCCUAUUCUUUUACUAGUCAUGUACCACCACAUUUUUUGAAGAUUUUUAGCAUAAAUGCCAAUACAGGAGAAAUCAGAGUGGUUGGAAAAGUGGAUUUUGAAGAUAUGAAUGUAUAUGACGUACAUGUUUCAGCUGAAGAUAAAGGCAAUCCAUCUUUGUCUGGGCACUGCCAAGUGAUCGUUGAGGUGUUGGAUGUGAACGAUAAUGCUCCGGAGGUCUCUGUCUCAUCCCUUUCUGUGCCAGUGCCAGAGGACUCCCCACUGGGGACUGUGGUGGCCCUCAUCAGUGCCUCAGACAAGGACUCUGAGGCCAACGGGCAAGUGAGCUGCUCUCUCUGGCCUCCUGGGCUCCCCUUCAAACUGGUGUCCACCUUCAAAAAUUACUAUUCCUUAGUAGUAGCUGAGCUCUUGGAUCGGGAGCGGGUGGCCGAGUAUGAGUUGGUGGUGAUGGCACAGGACCAUGGGGACCCAUCGUUGUCAGCCAGCAGUAGUGUGGUAGUGCCAGUGAGUGACAUCAAUGACAAUGCACCCACCUUCCUGCAGCCUUCCUACAUGGUCUUUGUGAAGGAGAACAACCCUCCUGGGGCUCACAUCUUCACCGUGUCUGCCUCUGACCCAGAUGUGGAAGAGAACAGCCUCAUCAGCUACUGGCUGGACGAGAAACUCUGGCCACUCUCCAGCUACAUCUCUGUGCACUCGGAGAGCGGGAAGCUCUAUGCCUUACAGCCCUUGGACUACGAGGAGAUGAAGCUUUUGGAGUUCCAAGUGAGUGCCAAGGACGCUGGGCUGCCUUCCUUGUGUGGCAAUGUGACCAUCCAAGUCUUUGUGGUGGAUGAGAACGACAAUGCCCCUGCAGUGUCUUGGCAGAUGGAGGAGAAGCCUGUUCUUCUUGUGAUUCCUGUGUCUGUUGGGCACAUGGUGAAUAAGAUUCAUGCUCUGGAUGCCGACUCAGGAUACAACGCAUGGCUGCGAUAUGAACUACAUGAGGGCACUAGCGGUCCGUGGCGUGUGAGCCCAUAUAGUGGUGAGAUCAGUACCGUCCGCCCUCUGGAUGAGGCAGAGGGCAGCAGAAGUUAUAACCUGGUAGUUCUGGUGAAGGACCAUGGCAAGCCUCCACUUUCAGCCACAGCCACUGUGAGUGUGUCCCUGGUGACAAGUGCCCAGGCCAUCCACACUGAUAUCCGCCUCCCUAGGACAAGUGAGGGUUCAAAGCCCCUGGGCGACACUGUCAAUGUCUACCUGAUCAUUGCCAUCUGCUCAGUGUCCAGCUUGUUCCUACUGGCAGUUGUCUUCUAUGUUGCCUUGCGAUGCCCGUGUCGGGCCAAGGAGGCCAUGGUGUAUGGUCCUGGCACUGCCACCCUAGUAUGUGCCAGUGAAGUGGGCAGCUGGUCCUAUUCCAAUCGUCACAGCCACAUCUUAGCUAGUGUGGCAGGGGAGUCUGGUGCCAAGAGUGAUCUCAUGGUCUUCAGUCCCAGUAUCCCUGCAUCGUCUGAGAAUGGGAAACAACAGGACCUGCUCUGUGCAACGGUUAGUCUUGCUGAGGGUAUGUUUUCCUUUCUGUCCUUAUAUACAUUAUAUAAUUGUAAAAAAAAAUGA